AUGAUUUUUGAGACUUUACAUCGCUUGCACAGUAAAGCUGAUCGGCUCUUGAUGUACCCGUUGAGUUUUUCGGCUGAUGAGAAUGAAAACGGGACGGAGAGCCGAUUACUUCGCAAAGCCCGGGAUGAAUAUAAUGUGAAGCUAGUGCCUGUACGCGUCCAAACGGGAAACAGAGAAGACCCUACGUGGUCGAAAAGCUUUACAAAACUCCUCGCUUUUAAUCAGACGCAAUAUAGUCGCGUUCUUAGCUUAGACUCGGAUGUUACCAUGUUACAACAUAUGGACGAAUUGUUCUUUUUGCCUCCAUGUCCUUUGGCCUUCCCUCGAGCUUACUGGCUGGAUCCUGAUCAUCGCGUUAUGACCAGCUAUCUUAUGAUAAUUGAGCCUUCUGAGCUCGAGUUUGACCGCAUCGUAACUGCUACUGCAACAUCACAAACAUCAGACUAUGACAUGGAGAUCGUGAAUGCCAUCUACAGAGACCAUGCGCUCAUCAUUCCCCACCGACCCUAUACCCUCUUGACAGGAGAGUUCCGUGAGGUUGUCCACGCCAAGUAUCUUGGGAGUUCACGCGAAGUUUGGAAUCCUCAAAAGGCUCUUAUGGAAGCAAAGACCGUCCAUUUCUCCGACUGGCCGGUUCCAAAGCCUUGGGUUGAUUUCCCUUCCAACGCUAUGAAUGAGCACAAGCCUUCUUGCCAUUGGAACGUAACAAGCGGUGGAGAUGAUGACUGUCGCGACCGCGAUUAUUGGCUUGGAAUCUACUUUGAUUUCAACAACAGAAGAAAGAAUGUCUGCGGUGACAUUUAG